UUUAUUUUUGCCGCUAUGAGAUCGACCCUCACUCUUCGCCUGAUCUUUCUCGCCAGUUGCACAUCCUUCAUCAUUCUCUGGCUGUCUCUACCACCAGCACCUCGAAAGUACCUUCAGAGCCACGGUCUCCGCCAACCAGAGUCCCGUUUGCUACCUUACAAAUAUUGGUACCAUCGAAACUUGUAUCCUGAGAAUUAUCGCGACGAUACCUGCGUAGAGUUUCCCGAUUUUGAAGAUAUUCUUUACGCGUCUGCGUCAUGGCAGUUGCUGCAAGUUGAGAAUGGGAACGUCUAUGUAUAUGGUGCUUACUGGGAUGAUCGGUUUGAACCGCUCGUCAGGGUGUUGGUGUAUAGUGAUGUGCAUCCUCUACCGAAGCUGUAUUGUCAAUUAUGGUACCCGAACGACAACGAACCACAACUGGAAGUCGCUAUCCCACUUUAUGCUUGGCGGACGCAGUGGGGCGGGCCUCUACCUGGAGUCAACGAGCCCUACAUAUUGUCCUGCAGCGGUCGGAGACACUCGCCCGAGCCUCAGGUGGCACCCGUCGCCGCUGCUGUGGUGACCACACCCUGUGGAGCCGUCACCAAUGUUGUUAGAGUACAGAACGCACCUUCGGAGAGUCUCCUCGGUUCCGUACAACCGGAAGCUGGAUCACGUCGUAACAACUCAGUAGCUGUGUGUGUGAAGUGGAUCCACUUCCGCGAAGACAUCUCCUCGAAACUGAUCGAAUGGCUGCAACUGCUGAAGCAGAUGGAUGCUGAGAAGGUCUUCUUGUAUACCAUUAAGCUUCACCCCAAAACAGUGAAAGUGUUGGAUCACUACGAGGCUUCAGGGUUCGUGGUGGCGACAGACCUGUCUCACGCCCCUCAGAUGUCAGGCCGCCAGCUGAGCCCCACGCUAAUGGAGUUCCUAGACAUGCGCAGAGAGCUGGUCACCUUGAACGACUGUCUGUACCGGAACUUGGGGAAGUACGAGUGGAUAGCCAUCAUAGAUGUCGAUGAAAUGAUUGUCCCUUAUACAACAAACUCGUGGCCAGACCUGAUUCAAUCAGAGUUAGCUUCAGCCGCCUCUGAGGGGGCUCUGCCGCUAGAUGCCCUAGUCUUCGCCAACUUCUACAUCACAGCUGAUAGCCAGAGAGAUCUGGUGGGACCGGCGCGACUGCCCAUGAUGGCGUUUACUUGGAGGAAUAAGGAACACAGUCCUUGGGGUUGGCGAGUCAAAUCCUUCAUGAACACCUCCUCAAUGAUAGCCGCACACAACCACAUCCCAAUAUCUUGUGACAGAGACUGCGUCAUGAGAAACGUCAAGACGGAAGUCGGGAAACUCCUGCACUUUCGACGAACGUGCUCCGAAGAAGGCGCAGAGUGUGAGAAAGAGAGAGAAAUCAUAAGAGACGAUACUUUCGGGAGGUGGAGAGAGAGAAUGGUUAAAGAAAUUGAGGAAAUUGAGAGAAUUGUUGGCGUUUAGAGAUAAAGGGUGGAAUUGUGUGGUUAUUUGGCUGUGAGGUCCUUGUAAGGCCUUUGUGGUUCUUUUAAGGCCAGAGCGGUUAUUAUGGCCUGAUAGGUUCUUUCAAGAAGGGACGUGGAAAAUUUAAUAAGGGGUGGAGGAUGUCGAUGGCGUACAAUUGGGGAGGCCUACAUCCAACAGUGGACGAAUAUGGGCUGAUAAUGAUGAGGAUCAGGGAGUGCAGGUUGGAUUCUGAAAGGGAAUCUAGAACUUCCUAAAUAUCUCGACUCUUUACGGUGCUAGCGAUGACAAUAUUUAAAAAAAAAACACAACUCGCGAUUUUUUUGUAUUUAGAUUUUUUAUGGGUGAGGAGAACCGAACCGAAAGUUAAGAAUGAUUUUAAUUACCUAAUCUAAUAUUUUAAUCACUUAACAGGCCCUAAAUUAUUUUAAUAUUUGACCGAAAAGACAUUUCUACAACGGUUAACGUCAGUAAAAACGCGCGAAUUUUAGGAGAUGACAGAUCAAAGUCACUUGACGUAUCGACGACAUUUCCAUCUAGUUGAGAAUUCCGUAUUAACGUCAGCGAUUGCAGAAAUUACACUUCGCUACAAGGCAGGAGUGACGUUCAUCUUCAUCAAGUGACAUGACUUUGCCUUGUAAUUUUAUCGCAUAAAGAAAUAGAAGUUAUGAGCAGCUCCGAAGCGUAUCAUAAUAGCGGUUUCCGCGUACUAUAAUAAAGGUCGUAGUCAACAACCUUUCACGCAUGCGCAUUGGAUCUUGGUCUACAGCGCAUCUGUCAUAAAAUUGAUCUAGUAUCAAAAUUGGUAUCCAAACACCAAAAUAGUUCAAUGAUGUUUAAAAACACAGUUUAAAAAAAUAACAUUAAAAAUGAUAGACUGUCAAGUGGCCUAGUGUUUUACGAACAAACAUUGUGGAGUUUUAAAUAAAAAACUGUUUUUAGUGUCAUUAAAGGAGCUUAAAAAGAUCUCUUAAAAUUUUCAUAAUUACGAAAGGAAGAACUAAAUUUUAAUGUAAAUUAUGCAGAUAUUUAUGUGAAGUUAAGUGAUUCUCCGAAUAUUAUCAAGAAGAAUAAUUUUAAUAGGACUACAUCAACAAUACAAAAAAGAACUUUGGC